GCCCUGAACUUAUCGCUGACGUUGUGGUCACGUGAUGUUUUCGCUGGGUCGUAGUGAUGUGUAGCCACCAUGAGUGAAAGGAGAAAUAAAGCGUGAUGAUGGAAACGCGUCGGUUCUCCGAGGAGCCGCGCUUUGUGCUCAACAUCCAGCGGAAUCCCGAGGAUCCUCAUCUGACCGAGUGAACCUCAUCCUGGAGCUAUAAUUCUCUCUCUCUCUCUCUCUCUCUCUCUCUCUCUCUCCUCCCUUAUAAUGGGCCGUGUGUCAGCGUAACGGAGGUGAAGUGACCUUUAAUUUCAUCUUCUGAUGGAGGAUCUCUGUGAUAACGGUGUGAUGUUGACGCUGGAGGCGCAGCCGCGGCGUGUUGCUAAAACGGCUGCGGUCGCGACCAGCGGAGAAGCUUCUUCUUCUUCAUCAUCCUCAUCAUCCUCAUCAUCCUCCUGCUGCUCAAUCAAUAGCGCUGGCUCGCGCUUGCCCGUGCACUCGACGGCCUCUGCUCAUCUCCACCACGCUGCUCCUCCGAGGAGACUUCCACCACCUUACCACUUCAGAGUUCAUCAUCUGUUUCCAGAGGAGAACGCUCAGGAUCCUGUGGUGAGGAAACAUCUCCCUGCUCUUCAGUAUAAGGUGCACGACUCUGCCUUCUGCCGCGUCCUGAGCACGGACACCACCGCCGCUGCUCUGGCCGCCGCCGCCGCCGUGUGCUCGAGCAGCGUGGAUGCUGAUGUGUGGAAGUGUGGAUAUUUAAGAAAACAGAAACACGGCCACAAGAGGUUCUUUGUGUUGAGAGGGCCCAGUAACCACGGGCCCAGUCGCCUGGAGUAUUACGACAGUGAGAAGAAAUUCCGAAAUUCUCUAAAAGCUGCUGCCUCCACUGCUGGUGUUGUGUGUCCUCCUAAGAGGGUUAUUUACCUGUCCCAGUGUUUCACAGUUAACAAGAGAGCUGACGCCAAGAACAAAUACCUCAUUGCUCUUUAUACUAAAGAUGAGUAUUUCGCGAUGGUGGCUGAGAGCGAGCAGGAGCAGGAGGACUGGUAUCUGGCCCUCACAGAACUCAUGACUGAAGGCAAAAAGGGGCAGCUGGACACGGACGAGCUGGAUGACGGUUAUGGAACGAUUUCACCUGGGACCAUUUUUAAGGAGGUGUGGCAGGUAAACGUGAAACCCAAAGGUUUGGGGCAAACCAAGAAUUUAAUGGGGGUGUACCGUCUGUGCCUUUCUGCCAAGACAAUUCACCUGGUAAAGCUAAAUUCCGAGACCCCUGCUGUAAACCUGCCCCUGAUGAACAUUCGCCGCUGUGGUCAUUCUGAGAGUUUUUUCUUUAUUGAGGUGGGACGCUCUGCUUCUAUUGGUCCAGGUGAGAUCUGGGUGCAAGUGGAAGACUCUGUGGUGGCUCAGAACAUGCACGAGACCAUUCUCGACACUAUGAAGGCUUUGAAGGCCUUUCCGGACUUUAGACCACGGAGUAAAAGCCAAUCAUCUGGGUCCAAUCCCUUACCCUUUAUCACCACGCGCCGCCACUUCGGAAAUCUCCCCAGUCAGACGGGGCUCCUGCGUGCCUCCAGAACCGAUUCAGUGACGGGUAUUCCUCCUACAGGAAAAAGGAAUAAAGGUGUCACAGGGCAGCGCUACCGAACUUCCAGCGAAGGUGAGGAAACCUCAGAACGACCUCUCAGCUCGGGAACCGGAAGUUUGUUGCACCUGAACACGCCCUGCUUAAACAUGGGCCGGGAGGAGAGCGGUGGCUGCUGUUCUCAUGUCUCACCUAGUUGUGCCCAUCAUCAUACUCGCUCUGCUUCUCUUCCUGUUUCGCACUUUCUGUCUGCUACCAGUCCCAUCAGCGUCUCCAGCAGCAGCGGCCAUGGUUCAGCCUCAGACACGCAUACACGACCCUCAAGCUCCUCCAUCUGUGGCUCUCCUAGUGAUGGAGGCUUCAACUCGUCUGACGAGUUCUGUCCCAGCCCUUGUGAUUUUAGAUAUUUCCAUGCCAGCAGCAGUACACCUGAACCCCACAGUGACACUCCGCCCAUUAGGGAGGAGAAUCGGCUGGUGGACUACAUGGCUAUGGACUGGUACAAAGAAGCACAGGGCAGCAGCAGAACUUUUGAGGAGGAGAGCAGUUACAUGGAAAGAACUUUUCUCAAGCUCACACAUUAUGCCAAGUCAAAACCCGCUAACAGUUUAGGUGUCAUGCAUCAGAAAGCGACGCAGACUUCAUCUUCAUUAGAUGAAUCGAGUCCUGUGGAGCCAAAACGGCAUGCUGUCUGCUCCUGCAUCCUUAAAGCAGGCUAUAAAUCUUACUCGGAGUUACAUCACCCAAACAGGCCUCUCUCACUCAACUCAGACGGUCAGAAGAAACUGCCUAAGGAUGAAGUCUACAUGCCUAUGAUACACAACGCCAUCCCCUCUCCUCACACAGAUUCCACCCCUAUGCAACCCAGAGCAAACCAUCUGGCCAGCUCACACCUUCAUCCCUGCUCUCUACAGCAGGUGGACAGACAUGGCUACAUGAUGAUGCUGCCACUAGACAGUCAUUCUCCUGGAAUAUCCAGUCCCUCCUGCAGAAGCCAGAACGAGUAUGACGAUUACAUGGACAUGUCUCAGAUUGGCUCAGCCGAAGGCUACAUGCAGGCUUCUCCUGAAGGUCCCAAGUCUUAUGGGUCUUAUUUCUCCCUUCCACGCUCGUACAAAACGCCGUGUCGAGAUGAUCACAGAAAAACAGAAUAUGUUCCUGGAUCUCCAGAUGAACCUCCCAGCCCUCCCAGUCCAGGAGAGUACAUCCACAUGGAGUUUGGAGACAGGCCUCCUCAUGCGCCAUCUUCUCCAUCAGCAGUGGAAUCUCCAACCGUACCAAGUUCUCAGCCUUGUUAUCAGCUCUGCUGCUCCCCUAUGGACCAUGACUACAUAGGCCUAAACAUGGACAACCUUUUGAAGAACCGUCCUCCUCGGCACUCCCUCGUAGCCCCGUGGAACCCUCCAAAUUACGCACGCCCCUUAGGAUGCUCCUAUGGCCAGGUUCAGAAUAACUUUGUUCCUAAGGACGUCCAUAGGGAAGCUGAGAGUCCCUCCAGGAUGAUACAGCACCUUUGUGUCUCUGAAAGAUCACCCAGUCCUCAAAGGGAACCUAAGGUCAUUAGAGCAGAUCCACAGGGUCGGAGGAGACACAGCUCAGAGACCUUCUACCCCUGUCCUGGUGGCACUGUGGGUGGAUGCACUGCCAGAGCCUCUGCCAUUGUAAAUCUUGUAGAGGGUUUUCGAUGGCAGAAUUCUGCCUCGUUUGAUAGCGUGUGGUCUUAUACAGAAGAUCAUGGAUCUCCUGAAUCUGUUCUCGUUACUGCUAACUGUGCCACUGGAGAAACGCGCUGCAACGUUUCAUCCAGCUACCUCAACUACAUCGCUCUGGACCUGAGGGAAGUCCCAGGGAUCACCCACGAUGCCACACCUCCACACCCAGGCCACGGGACAAGAGAAGAAAGCCAGGCUCGUGCUGGUCUGGUCUUCUCCAAGUCAGGAGGACGCACCACCACUGCCUCGAAAGACUGAGAGCGAGCGCUGAGGGGAAGCCAGAACUUUGGAAAUCCACUGAACUCUAGAAUGCAGAAGAGGAAGCUGCCUCCUCAUCCUCCUCCUCGUCCACGUCCUCCUCCUCUUCAUCAGACCUCCAACUGCAAAGACUGAAAAACUACACAGCCUCUUUUUGCUCUGUAUCUCCUACAUAACUGCCUCAGACCAGUUCAUUUUGUGGGUUUGUUUGAAACACACGUGUGUUGUUUACGUGAGUGUCUGCGGUGAUCCUGAGUCCCAUUUCAGAUUGUGAACCUCGAGCACUUACUCCAUAACCUUCUAAUUCACACCCCUGCUGAUCUCUGUAAAUACCAGGUGCUUGUGAAUCCAAUACAACUUUGUCAAAUGUGCCAACUA